AUGGUUAUCUCUCCAUCCUCUAUCCCCCGCGGGCCCGUAACCACAACCCUCAACUUCUCCCACCCGCCCCCGGCAGGUGAAAAAGCCAUAAAUUACGUCGAGGAACCCGCAGUCGGCCAACCCAAGCGUAACCUAAUUGUGAACCCACAAGCCGUCCAGCUAACUGACAUCCGCGGCCACGAAUCCUCCUACACCCUCGACCACGACGCCUUCCAAGCUAUUUCCUCCGUCCCUCCAUCAAAGGAAACCGCCUUCGAGGACGACGUCUCCAUCCAGCAAAAAUACUACCCGGAAGUCGAAAAACUUCUGCUAGAUCACAUCCCGGGAAGCACGCGCGUAUUCAUCUUCGACCACACGAUCCGCCGCUCCAAUCCGGACUCCAAACGCGCCCCAGUGUUAUACACGCACAUUGACCAGACGCCCAAAUCUGCGCCGCAGCGCGUGCGGCGCCACAUGGGAGAGGAUGCCGAGAAGCUUCUCAAGGGCCGGUACCGUAUUGUGAACGUAUGGCGAACUCUGAACAAAGACCCCGUCGAAGCAAACCCUUUGGCGUUUGCAUCGUCGGCGAGUUUUGCUGAUGAAGACGCUAUCCCGGUCGAUCAUAUUUAUCCGAAUGGGUAUACGGGGCAGACUGCCGCCAUUUCCUAUAGUUCGGAGCAGAGGUGGCAUUACUGGAGCGGGAUGGCGGGAGAUGAGAGGUUGCUGCUGGAGUGUUUUGACAGCGAGGGGCGUAAGGAGGGGAGUGGGGUCAAGGGGGGAAGGGUGCCGCAUACGGCCUUUGAUGACCCGAGGACGAGGCAAGAUGCUGAAGGGAGGGAAAGUAUCGAAGUUCGGGCUCUGGUGUUUGGGCCGUGA